AUGGCCAGGCAAAGGCCCUCCGUCAACCGCCAGGACCCUCUCGAGGAUUAUUCCGUUACCCCCGCAGGAGCUUCCGCCUCUUCGGACCUGAGGUACUUUGCAACCCAUUUCCUUCGUCGUUUUGAUUGCUUGCCAUCUCGUGGAACAUCCCUUCUGGAUCCAAAGUGUGAAGUUGAGGGGAUACACGUCCACGCGCAAAUCUUCUGCACCACCUAUCCAUUCCAGAACGCUUCAAAUUUCAUCUUUCCCCAUCUCCUGUAUCUCUUCUCCAUCUGGUUAGACCAGUGGAGCACACUCGUUAUAAUCUUCUCUACCGAUUUCAAGAAGAGUCAGUCACUCAUGUCCUCCAGAAUCACCCGCUCAGCUGCUCGAUCCGCCCAAGGCCAAGGCCCUCCUCCUUCCUCUUCUGACACACCCGGAACUUCUACCCACCCAGCCGCUGGCCCGGCCUCUCGAAAACGCAAGACCUCAAGUCAUCGGGAACAACCGUCCGGUCCACUAGAUCCAACAUCCCAGUCUACAACUCCGUCGUCUCCACGAAAACAAAAACGAGCACGGACAGCGGCGCCCUCUGCUAGCCCUGCUGCCGCCUCGCGUCGAACCAGGAACCGCCCAACUAUGUCACAGCCAGGACCGUCUUCUCGCCCCUCGGAGGACUCAAAGAAUGCAUCUCCCCCGCCCUCAGGUAGACGGAGGACUAGCCGUAAUGAUCGAGUUGCCGCACAACAAUCCCCUCCACGGCGCCAAAAGAAGCGAGGUGCGAGGACAAAUCCUGACGUGAUAAUGAGGGACACAGAAGAGGAUGUGGAGGAGCACGAGGAACAUAGAGAAGAAAGGACAGAAUCUCCAGCCGGGGAAAGCAAUGAUGGCACCAACCCAUCGGCCUUUGACGACGACGACAUGGACCCGUUCCACAGCAGCCUAUUUGGCGGCCGGGGUGCCAUGGGUCUUCAAAGUACCCUCCGCGCUUUGACGGGUAUGAUGUCAGGCAUGUCUUCGCGCCUGCGAGAUAUUCUUUGCAACUUGAGGAGUGAUGAUAAAUCAUCUCAAUUGAUUGCGUUGACAGAGCUCUCCGACCUUCUUCUCGUUUCGAACGAAGACAAUCUGUCAGGUCAAUUCUCUCCAGAUCCUUACGUCAAGGAGCUUGUGAAUUUAAUGCAGCCACCUGGUUUCCCAACCGAACUGGAUGCAGAAAUUAUGCUGCUUGCCUGUCGGUGUCUGGCUAAUCUGAUGGAGGCCCUUCGUGGGUCAGUGGCCAACGUUGUGUACGGUGGUGCUGUGCCGGUUUUGUGCCAGAAGCUCCUUGAUAUUCAGUUUAUCGAUCUUGCUGAGCAAGCACUUAGUACCCUCGCGAAAAUUUCCAUCGAUUUUCCGGCUUCAAUUGUGCGGGAAGGUGGCCUUACGGCCUGUUUAACUUACUUGGAUUUCUUCGCUACAAGUACGCAGCGCACUGCCGUGACCACUGCGGCUAAUUGCUGCCGCAACCUGCCUCACGAUUCAUUCCCUGUCGUCAGGGACGUGAUGCCAACUCUGCUGAAUGUGCUUUCUAGUAAUGACCCGAAGGUGGUGGAGCAAGGGUGUCUCUGCGUCUCCCGCAUCGUAGAGAGCUUCAAGCAUCGCCAUACCUAUCUUGAAGAGUUGAUCGAUCCGGGCAUGUUGAAGGCCAUUCUUCGGCUCCUGCUCCCGGGCACCACAAACCUCAUCGGAUCGCAUAUUCACACCCAAUUCCUUCGUGUGUUGGCCAUCGUGUGCCAAGCCAGUCCUAGGCUGUCUAUCGAUUUGCUCAAAAUGGACGUCGUAGAUACUCUCUACCAGAUCUUAACUGGUGUGUCUCCGCCUGAAGAUGUCGAAAGCACUGCUGUCAAAAUGGACAGCGUCCUAGUCAUGCAGGCUUUGAUACAUCGUCCUCGAGAGCAGGUUUUCGAAACACUCAACGUCAUCUGUGAAUUGCUUCCAGGUGUUGCUGGUCGCGAGUCGUCCCGAACUGAUGCUCUGCUCAGCUCUUACUUUGAUAGUAGCAUGUCCAUUGGUAUGAAGUCCUCCAAAGCGAAGGAAAGCCCCGAAGAAAGACGUGCCUUGCUAGAGGAAUGCAAACCGGAACUGAAGAGAUUUGCCGCAAUCUUGUUCCCUACUCUCACAGAUGCCUACUCUAGUACGGUCAAUCUUCAUGUCCGACAGAAGGUCCUCAUUGCGCACCUCAAAAUGCUCCAUAUUCUUGAACCUAACCUGAUAGAGGAUGUCCUACGCACUGUUCCUUAUGCCUCUUUCUUAGGUUCAAUUCUUUCCCAGAAAGAUCACCCAUCUCUGGUUUCCUUGGCUCUCAGAUGCGCUGAACUCUUGUUCGAACGUCUAGAACAUGUUUAUCAGUAUCAGUUCCACCGUGAAGGAGUCAUUUCGGAGAUCAUGAAGAUCUCUGAGUCUCCGUUGUCUACGUCCCAAGAAAGUCAUGACGAGGAUGCCGAGGACAAACUUCCCAGCGAAGGUUCCCAUGAUGUGAACAUGGAAGCUUCUGAUGGAAGUAUCCAGAGUGUCAAGCAAGGCAAUCCAGAUUACGACGGUGAAGAAAUGGACGAGGAUGAAGACGAAGACGAGGACGAGGAAGACCAUGAUGAAGAAAACGACGAUGGUUCAGAUUCAGAAGGCUCUUCAGUCUCUGGCCGAAAUGCGGGAGAUAAUAUAGAAAAGGCCCUCAACGAUCUUGUUGUGCGUGAUGCCCAUGCGUUCCUUAAAAUUUACGAAGCUCGACAUGGUGCUUCUGCUCGAUCAGAAGCCCAGAAAGUCUUGGACGAACUGCAAUCUUUAGCAACCAAGAUUCGGACAUGCUACUCUUCGCAUGGUGAUAAAAAUGGCUUUCCACUUUUCCAGAGCCUUGCUGUUCAUUUUGCAGGAGAGGCUCUGGAGAGCAUUACUAGCUCUGAAUUGCUCAACUCUGGUAUCAUACAGGUUUUGUUGGACGUUCUGGGCGACUUCAAAGCGACGUGUAUUAGGAGUGCACGAUCGGCCUUUCUGAAAGCUUUCAUGGGCGUCUCAAUAUCGGAAAAAGCAAAAAGCCAAAGUACUGCCACAACGCCGUUUAGUGUCAUGAUCAAGAAGCUCCAGGACUUGCUGAGCCGGACUGAACAUUUUGAGGUCAUCACUGUCAGUCACAAUUCGCUCGAAAAUACGCGCAGCAAUGCGGCGUAUAUGCUGGGUAAACAACUACGACUGAAACUAGUGGCUGAAGAAGGAACCGAUGCACCUCGGCCAUAUAGGAAUGUUAUGGUCUCCAUUCACGCAAUUGCCACCUUCAAAGCGCUGGACGAAUUCCUCCAGCCACGGAUUGCAGUGAACGAUCGCCCUCGCCAGUCUCGCACCAGAGAUACUAUCCUCUCCCAGAUCGCCCAGGCAGCACGUAUGCGUGACCAAAUGACAGCUCAUCCCCCUCGAACUCCGUCGACGGGGAUCCCGCCGCCUCAAGCUGAGGAUCCUUCGGAUAGCGGUAAUGCGAUGGACUCUACAGGCGAAGAUGCACCAGCCGCGACUAGGCGACACCGUGGUUCGCGUUAUGAAGAUCAGGAUGAAGGACAGAAUGGUGACGAACCCCUCGAGUGUGCCGAUGAAAGGCAGCUUAGCGACGAUGAUGGAAACGAUGGAGACGAUGCGGCCGAGGACGAAGAGCUCAACGCCAUCGUUGAUGAUUUAGAUGAGGACCUGGACGAUGACCAAAUCCAUGACCCUACCGCCGUGAAUAUGGAAGUUGGAUCUUCGGGCAAAGUCACCGCACGAAAAGAGGACGGAACUAGGGUCGGCACCCCAUCUCAGUCUACUCCAGCAUCGAAGCCAUCUGCAUCAACUGCAAACCCAGCCUCUUCUCAUCUCGGAACCAACAGCUCCCUGGCUUCUGCUGGCCGACCCUUCUCAUCUUAUGCGGCGGCCAUGGCCUCAGUUCCCCAAGACUGGCACAUUGAGUUUUCCGUAAAUGGCAAGCCCAUUAGCGGUGACACCACAAUAUACCGGGCUGUGCAUCACAACCGUGAACACCUGGAUGAAGUGAAAGCCAAAAAUGUCUGGUCCGCCGUUCACACUGUGACAUACCGACGUGUCCCUGGCCCACCGCCACCUGAACCGUCUACCCUAUCUGGUUCGGGACAGGAUGCCUCCAAGGACGCUGAUCCCUUUGAGCUCCCAUCUUCCUUGUCCAAGGACCACACGACAGCCUCUAUUCUCCGUCUUCUUCGUGUUCUCCAUGAGAUGAAUGCUACAAUCGACGAUAUCUUAACUGAAGCCAAGGAUCGUACCAACAUCACACCAGAGCCACUGGCCCAGUUCAUCAAUACGAAGCUCACUGCGAAGGUGAACCGUCAGCUGGAAGAGCCAUUAAUCGUGGCAAGUGACUGUCUCCCCAGUUGGAGUGAGGACUUGGCUCGUUUAUAUCCUUUCCUAUUCCCAUUCGAGACUAGACAUCUGUUCUUACAGUCCACUGCCUUCGGCUACUCGCGGGCUAUGAUGAGAUGGCAUAACUCUCAGAUUGCUGAGGAAAGUCGAAGGGAUUUGCGACGCGACGAUCGGCCCUACAUCGGUCGUUUACAACGCCAGAAGGUUCGCAUCUCACGAGCGCGCAUCCUUGAUUCAGCCAUGAAGGUCAUGGAGCUCUACGGGUCUUCUCCGAGCGUUUUAGAGGUCGAGUACUUUGAGGAAGUCGGGACUGGUCUCGGUCCGACACUCGAGUUCUACUCCACCGUGUCAAAGGAGUUCUCAAAGAAGAAGCUCAAGAUUUGGCGUGAAACGGAUGAUCUCUCUGGGGCUGAUGAGGCGCAAGCAUCCCAAGAUGCUGGAAAGAAACUGUUGAACACUUUCAAGGUGCUUGGAAAGUUCGUUGCUCGCUCCAUGCUCGACUCCAGAAUCAUCGAUAUCUCUUUCAAUCCUGCAUUCUUCCGGAUUGCCGACACGAUGUCAUCGGUGGCCCCGUCCCUCGGCACGGUCAAGGCGGUCGAUGAGGAUUUAGGCAAGUCUUUGCUCAUGCUGAAGGGAUUCGUCGAAGCAAAGAACAGUAUUCAAGAGGACGGCACCUUAACCUCAGAAGAGAAAGCCCGUGCCAUCAAGAACAUCGUCAUCAAUGAAGUUCGUGUCGAAGACCUGAGCCUAGAUUUCACUCUGCCCGGUUACCCAUCAAUUGAACUGGUCCCUGGUGGAUCCGACAUCUCAUUGACCAUCCACAACGUGGAUCAGUAUGUGGACCGUGUCAUUGAUAUGACCCUCGGCAGUGGUGUUCGGCACCAAGUCGAGGCUUUCUGCACGGGCUUCUCUCAGGUAUUCCCAUUCACCGCUCUUCGCGCUUUCACCCCUAGCGAACUCGUUAUGCUGUUCGGACAAGCUGAAGAGGAUUGGUCUAUUGAGACUCUCAUGGAUUCUAUCAAGGCCGACCAUGGCUUCAACAUGGAUAGCAAGAGUGUGCGCAACUUGCUUCAGACUAUGAGUGAGCUUGACAAGCAGCAGCGUCGUGAUUUCCUGCAGUUUGUCACUGGUAGCCCCAAGCUCCCUAUCGGAGGUUUUAAGAGUCUCACUCCCAUCUUUACUGUCGUGUGCCGCCCAAGCGAGCCCCCGUACACCCCCAACGACUAUUUGCCCUCUGUCAUGACUUGCGUGAACUACCUCAAGCUUCCGGACUAUAGCAGUUUGGAGGUUCUUCGAGAGCGGCUGUUCGUUGCUAUCAAGGAGGGACAAGGAGCGUUCCACCUUUCUUAG